AUGUGUCAUGACAAACUGAAGCAGCAUGAGAAAGUGCGGAUGGAAACAAACAGGUCUGAAGACAUAAUAAAGAGCAUUGAAAAGUUUGCGGAUAUUCUCCUGAACAUCGUGGAACUCUCGGGCAAUUUCUCUCGCCCACCUCCUUUGAAUGACUACAAAGAAGAAUUAAGGGCACUCCAAAUUAAAAUCGAGGCAAUGAAAGAAAACGCACAAAUGAAGGAUGACAUGGUUAAGGAGCUGCAUUCUGAUAAAUUCCAACUGCAGCAACAAGUGGCUCACUUGGAGGAACUCCUAAAGCUACAGGCAGAGACGAAGGAGAAGAAAGUCCAACAAGUCAAAUCUGAUGAUAAAAUGAAAGAGGAUGAAAAUUGUCCACUGCCACCCAUGGAUGGAUACCCAGACUGUCUGGAGAAAUUGAAGUGGAUGAAGGACAUGUGGAGGAGUAACCCAUGCUACAGUGAUCAUGGAGUGAAUGGGUCUCUGUGCUCCAACCUUAUCUACCUGAGUGAGAUAGAGCACUGGUGCCCUAAGCUUCCAGGACGAGUGAUCCCUUCAACUUUGGUGCAAAAAUCAGAGGAAGGGCUUGACCGUGCGGUGGUACGGGAAAAUAUAAAAAGUCUGUAUCCAUCUCUGGAAGACAGAGUCGAAUUCCGUUGGAUUCUCCAAAGAAUUCGCAGUACGGAAAAGAUUUGGGUCGAGGCUGGACACUCUCUUUCAGCCAAAUACAACCUCACAGAUCGGAAAGCUAAACACAUACUGGUGUAUCCCGCAGCAGUGAUGGGUGGAAUUGCAAGGGGUGCCUUCAUGGGGGGGCCCCUUGGUGAACUAGUCCAGUGGAGUGACCUCAUCUCCACACUUUACAUUCUGGGUCACCAUCUUCACCUUUCUGCCUCUAUUCCAGACCUCAAGUAUUUUCUAGGUAUUAAGACAAGUGACUGCCCGCCUCGUCUUUUGGUGGAACCAAACCUGAUCUAUACAGACAUUGCUGGCCUUAAAGAGAUUCAGAAAGCACUACAGACAUCCUGGAUCAAAUACAAGUGUAUAAUUCGUGUGUUGGACACUUUUGGUACUGAACCAGACUUCAAUCAUCCAACAUGGGCUGAAAAGCACAACCUUAUAAGUUCAUUUGGCAGACUGAACCUGAUCCCAAUGCAGUUCUACACCAUGUUUCCUCAUACACCAGACAACACAUUCCUGGGCUUUGUGGUGCAGCACCAGCUGAGCUCUGAAGAAACUGAGCAGCUCAAGUCUAUCAGAAGACAAAACCAGGCACUUGUGUAUGGCAAGCGUGCCAAUUUUUGGCAGGGUAAAGAAGCUUAUCUGGACAUUAUCCACAAGUACUUGGAAAUCCAUGGGACGGUUGAUAACAGUGCUUCGAUCCCAAGCUAUGUGAAAAACCAUGGCAUUAUCAAAGGCACUGAGGUACAGGCCCUGUUGAGACAGAGCAAGGUUUUUGUGGGAUUGUCUUUUCCAUAUGAAGGCCCGGCCCCAUUGGAGGCCAUAGCCAAUGGCUGUGCUGUCCUGAACCCUCGGUUACACCCUCCGCAUAGUAGUCUGAACACAGAGUUCUUCAGUAAUAAGCCCAACAUCAGAGAGGUGACAUCCCAGAAUCCUUAUGCCGAGGCCAUAGGGGAGCCCUACGUAUGGACGAUAGAUAUGCACAACUCAACAGAUGUGGAGAGAGCUCUCACUGCUAUCCUCAAUCAGACUAUUGAGCCCUAUCUUCCCUAUGAGUUUACUUGUGAAGGGAUGCUGCAGAGGGUCAACGUCCUGAUUGAAAAACAGGACUUCUGCCACAGUACAGGGAGCUGGCCCCCACUGAGCACGCUCCAGGUUGUGAAGGCAGAGGCAGACACUUCCUGUAAACAGGCUUGCCAGGAAGUGGGGCUUAUCUGUGAACCUGCAUUCUUCCCACAUCUUAACAGCGCCAAGAAUCUUGCCAAGUACAGUGUGGAUUGUGAAACGUCAGAGAUUUCUGAUAGUCACAUUGUGUUUCCAGCCUACAGAAACAGUAGUAAACACUGUAUGUUCCAGUCUGAUCCCCUGCUCUUCAGCUGUGUGAGGUCAAACCACUCCUUUAUCCGCAUCUGCCCCUGUAGAGACUACAUUAAGGACCAGAUAGCCUUAUGCAAGGCAUGUAUCUAACGGCUGGAUUGAAAACAUGUUCUUCCUGUGUAUAAAGGUAAAUAAAAAGUAUUUGUGUGUGUUUUAUCUGAAUGGCCAGACUCACAACUCACAAACUGAUCCCUCAUAGACUUAUGGUGAUUCAUACAAACGGGACAAAUGCAGCUUGUAACACCUAUGCAGCCUAUGGUUACAAUUUAUGGGCAACAAUGCUGUUUACAGUCUUUUCUUCAGGUUCAGUAUUUGUUGGCAGCCAUUUGAUGGACAAACAGCUCAUUGUAAGGUAACAAAAACCCAAUGAUUCUUAUAUUCAGGUGAUUAUAAACUAAUGAAAACAUAUCUAUGUUACAAACUGGACAUUUAAAAAGUCCUGCAAAGUCCCCCUGUUUAAUGAUGGACUCAGUUCACUGUGUUUUUUUUGCCCUGCCCAAUGUGAAAUGUUUUUUUUGAUUGGGCU